UAGUAAAUUAAUCUCUUGUCAUUCUCCUGUCAUCCAAUUCUCUCUGUUAGGACUACUGAAUUUCUGGUAAUCCAUCAAGUGAUAAUUUCAUGGAACACCACAUUAUUCCAGGAAUAAUUUUGAUGUAAAGGAAUAUAGUGUUGUGAGAUGGGGUUAAAAAGCCACAAUCCUAGUCACGUGCUUAAAAAGAAAAAACUGAAAGUUGAAACUUCAUUCAUCUAAAUCAAACCAACAGCCACACCCCAUCUCUCCUCCAAUCUCCUCAGCCUCUCCUUGCCUCAGAUCAGGACUUGAGGCUACUUGGACUCAUUGCUCAACUAUGCAGUAGGGAAUUAGCUUCAGCCAAGAAGCAGAGAUUGGGCUGUUUGCCAUUGACAAGCGGGCUGAGCGCUACACCCAUACAACCUCCAUCUCCCCAGUAGCUAUGUCCCUCCUCACAGGGGACCAACCCCAGCCAUGCAGGCUUCCGGAGACCGGAACACACAUUACAGGUCUGGGCUGUUACUCCGUGGGGAGUGUGGACUGUAGGGAGUCUACGAAGGAGGACUACUUGGACAGUAUGGAGCCCGUUGUGUUUGGGGUGGUGGAGCUUCCGAGGCGGUCUCGGGGGAGGUUGCUGCUGCAUGGCAUGGUGAUGUUUGGAAGGGAAUUUUGCUAUGCGGUGGAGGCAGCCUUCGUCACCCCGGUGCUGCUUAGUGUCGGACUCCCUCAGAGCUUGUACAGCCUUGUGUGGCUGAUCAGCCCCAUCCUGGGCUUCCUGCUGCAGCCCAUCAUCGGCUCGGCCAGCGACUACUGCAGGUCCCCGUGGGGCCGACGGAGGCCCUACAUCCUCGCACUGGGUAUUAUGAUGCUGGUGGGCCUUACCUUGUUUCUAAAUGGAGAUGCAGUCAUAUCAGCAUUAGUACAGGAUAGGUCAUUGAAGAGGAUAUGGGCCAUCGUCAUAGUCAUGUUUGGAGUGGUGCUAUUUGACUUUGCAGCAGACUUCAUCGAUGGGCCAGUCAAGGCCUACCUUUUUGACGUCUGCUCGUACACAGACAAGGAAAGAGGACUGCACUACCAUGCCCUUCUCACAGGGCUUGGGGGUGCCUUUGGGUACCUCGUGGGAGCCAUGGACUGGGGUCACUCGUCCCUGGGCCGACUUUUGGGGUCAGAGUACCAGGUCAUCUACUUCUUCUCUGCCAUGACCUGGAUGGUAUUCCUCAUCGUGCAUCUCUUCAGCAUCCCAGAGACACCCCUGACCAAGGACAUUAGCUUGGAUGUGUUGACCCCCAAUGCCCUCCUCCUCCUCAGCACACACAGCAGCAGUGGUGGCUAUGGAUCCUUGCAUGGAUCAAUGUCCCAAGAGUCGGAGGCAGAACUCCGGCCUCGUUCAUUCUCUGCCCUGGGGGAAGCCAAUUCCGUCACAUCCAGUGCCAAGCAACCCAACAAAGAGCAGAAGAGGAUGACUCUGAAGUCAUGUCUCCUGGCCAUGAUUAACAUGCCUAGUCAUUACCGCUGUCUCUGUGUCAGUCACCUGCUGGGUUGGACUGCCUUCCUCUGCAACAUGCUUUUCUUCACAGACUUCAUGGGACAGAUUGUGUACAAGGGCAACCCAUAUGCGGACCAUAACUCCACAGCCUACGAGCGGUAUGAGAGGGGGGUGGAGAUUGGAUGCUGGGGUCUCUGCAUCAACGCCGUCUCCUCUGCUCUUUACUCCUAUGUCCAGAGGCUGCUGCUGCCCUACAUCGGUCUGAAGGGGCUCUACUUCGUAGGAUACUUUGUGUUUGGUCUGGGCACCAGUCUUAUCGGCCUGUUCCCCAACAUUAUCACCACCCUCAUCCUGUGCAGUGUCUUCGGAGUCAUGUCCAGCACCUUGUACACCAUCCCCUUCAACCUCAUCUCAGAGUACCACCGCGAGGAGGAGGUGCAGAGGAAGAUGGGGAAAGGGAAUCCUGCAGGACAGGAUCGAGGCACCGGCGUGGAUUGUGCUGCGCUCACGUGCAUGGUGCAGCUGGCUCAGAUCAUCGUGGGGGCGGGACUGGGGGCAUUGGUUAACAUGGCAGGAAGUGUGAUUGUGGUGGUCCUAUCAGCGUCGACAAUGUCUCUAAUUGGCUGUCUGUUCAUCGCCCUCUUCAUCAGAUACGUGGAAUAACCUCUUAAUAAAGAUAUUUACUUAUACCCUUUAA